AUGAUAGCCGAAGAAGGAGAGGAGCUCCGGCAUAGGAAAGCGCGAACAGAAUCCACACGUUCAUCUGAAGGAUUCACCAUCGGCAGUGAUCUCGAAGAUGAGCCGAGUCCGUCCUCAUGUCGUUCACGAAUUUCGAUAGCUGAUAACCUUACCAUUUAUUGUGGUGAUGAGGAGGUGCUUAUGCCGGAUAUUGGUGAGUUUUAA